ACGAUGCAUGACAAUGGAUAACUAAAUAGAAUAAAUUACUUUGAACCAGGAAGCUCUCAUUAUAAACAAAAAACGAGAAAUGGAUAACAACACAUUUUUAUCAGAGAAACUAGAAAAGUGGAAUAGUGAUCUGGCCAGAGGUUUAACCCCGAAUAAUGUGAUCCUGUCUCUGUACAUUAUUACAGGACUGGUGGGAAAUUCUAUUGUAAUCCUAGUUUAUGGAUUUAAAAUGAAAGGAAACAAAGAAGAAAGGUAUUUUAUUCCAUUUCUUGCCUUCGCCGAUUUGUGGGCUUCUUUUGUGUGCGCUUCAUUUGGAAUUGCUCUUAACAUGAUGCAAGCACAGUUUAAUAACACAGAUUUGUGCAAAGCUUGGUGGUUCUUUGCAGCUUUUACAACUUUUUGUUCUAUUUUUAUUCUCACGAUAAUAGCUGUACAUAGAUAUCGCAAGGUUUGCAAGCCUCUUGGCAAACAAAUGACAUUAAAAUGGAAAAGAGUUGCCAUGUGUAUAGCCUUGGCAUUAGCGUUUAUUCUAUCUGUGCCCAUGACUCAUUUCUAUGGUUCAGUAUCAUUUCCAAAUAAUGAAGAAGGGAUUGUAGGGUUAAGAUGCAGCAGGCUGAAGACAACAAACAAAACGGGGUCCUUGAUUUUUGGAGGCGUCAUAGUCAUUACAGCAGUAACAAUCAUUGUUACGCUUAUCUGUCUUUAUUCAAAAAUAGGAUAUACCAUUCUUGUGCAUUUCAAAUAUACAAAGAAAAAAGAAAGUUCGGCGACAGAAAAAAACAGCAAGUCUAAACAUUCCCAAGUUGGAGUCUCAAGUAGUGAUGACCCCCUGAGUGAGACAGAAAACAGGACGGAAGACACCGAACUAUCCGGUGCUCAGUCUGCUCCAACCUCUUUUACAGCAGCUAGAAUAACGACCCUUACAAUCAAUUCAGCCGUUGUUAGAAAAACAAAUCCUCACAAGUCAAGUGCAAAGAAAAGGAAGGAGAAAGACAACCGUAGAGUUGUCUACAAAUUUACUCUAAUGUUUAUGCUAAUUACAGUCAUUUUCCUCAUCUGCUACAUUCCAAAAGUCAUUAUUAUGUUGCUAGAAGCCAGGAAUCCCAAAUUUUGGGAGGAAUUCUCAGAUUCUGCUAGAGCUGGAGUCUUGUUUGUGUACAGAAUGUAUAUAAUAAACAAUAUUACUAAUCCAUUUAUAUAUGCUUUCCUAGACAAUAUGUUUGCAAAAGAGAUUAAGAAUUUCUUUAAAUCCUGCAGAUGCUAGAGUAACAUUAUGCAAACCUUGACAUUGUUGUUUUUAUUUCAAAUUGUUUUCUUAAUUAAGUCUCUUUCUUAUGUUUAGUUUAUAUAUACUGUAGAAGGACAAUA